ACGUCUGAAAUUUAGCUACUGGCAAUCCGUACAUAGUCAAAGCUGCGUAUUCAAUUCUUUAUAAGAACGAGUACUGACGUAUAUAAGAUUUGUUUUAUUUUUCUGCGUUAGUUCACAGUCAAUCUUUUUUUUUUUUAUCAGAAGGAAGAAGAUAGAACUGUGAAUUAAUGCAGCCGGUGUAGGGAAAUAAAACAAAUCUAUAGUGUGUCGGUGGCGUUCACAGUGGCCGUCAGAAUGGUUGUACUGGUAAAUCUGUAUCAUCGUUGUAAAAGUUUCUAAAAAACAAAAUGCGAAGAAGAAAUUUAUCAAUUGUCAUGUAGUUUACAUAUAAAAUUCUGGACUUGACUUUGAUUGUUCACGUAUUCUGUAAUAAAACGUUUCUUAUUCAAACCUUGUAUCUUAAAAAAAUAACAACAGCGACAUCAUGAACACUUUAAUACGAUGUCCUGGACUCUAUUGUGGCAGAGAAUUGUUGUCAGAUGGAAACUGGAGUGACUGUGGCGCUUGUAUGCGCGGUUAUCGAGCAAAUGCUUCGUCAGCGUGCGUGCCUUGCGAAGACACACCGACGCUCUACGAUUGGCUCUAUCUCGGGUUUAUGGCUUUGUUGGUUCUGGUAUUGCACUGGUUUUUCAUUGACUUGGUCGCUUUUCGCCGGGGUAUACCCAAGGAAGUGAUUGCUGUGCACUUGUCCGCAUUACUUGAGGUCAUACUGGCGUGCAUCAUAGUGCUGCAGCUGACAGAACCCAUCGGAACGUUCAACAUAAAGUCGUGCAGAACAAAAAAAUUGUCGGAUUGGUAUACUCUGUUGCACAAUCCAAGUCCCAAUUAUGAAGCAACUUUACACUGUACACAAGAGGCAGUUUAUCCUUUGUAUACCAUGGUUUUUCUCUUCUACGUCUUAGGGAUAGUCCUUAUGUUACUAAUAAGGCCAAUAAUAGCAAGCAAAUGUCUACCAAGACGCGGCAAGUUUUCCAUUUAUGGUGCAUUGUAUUUUUAUCCAAUUCUUGCGUUGCUUCAUGCUGUUGGCGGAGGUCUAAUAUAUUACGCUUUUCCUUUCAUCACUAUUAUUUUAUCAGUUAUUUCAAGCGCAGCGCAUUUCGCAUUUAAAUUGAACCAGACGAUCAAGUCGUUGCUGCUGAGUUCAAUUUUGGACAGAAAGAACAUAAUAGUUAUCUUAGGCCAUUGGAUAUUACAUGGAUAUGGCAUAGUGGCAAUAGCAACUCUUCGCGAAAUUGACAUUCAUCCAUGGAUGUUGAUUUUAGUUCCGCUACCUGCUGUGUUUUACAUCCUAACAGCGAGAUUUACUGAUCCACACAAAGUUCAUAUUGAAUAAAAAUCUCUGUGAAACUUUUCAACUACUUGGACUGAAAAUAUUCAAAAUGUGAUAUGUUUUAUUGUAUUGUAAGUAUAAGAUUACGUAUUGUUGUUGAAAUUUUAUAAUAAAGAUUUUCCGUUGCUAAUUCAAUAUUGAUUAAAUUAUUAAUUUUAUCAGUAGUACAUUAUUAUUAGUUGAUGAUUCGAUAUUAAUCUUCGUCAAAGGGGUUUCGAACAAGUGCUCACUCGUUGCUUGGGGAAAAUAGUGCGUACACACACAACUAA